AUGCUAUUCCUUAUUCUCUGGCUCACAGUCACCGCCGAGCACAUCAUUAACGAGUUCUCGAGUCGUUACGGCUACAUUGGACCCGCUUGUGCGGUUGAGGACGGUCAACUUUUCCUGCACGGUGUGCUAGUGCGAAAUUUGAGUGACACAGAGGCUGAUGAGUUUAAAAAACUGAGCGAAAAUCGUCAAAUCGCCGACGCUCCAGUGAUUCCACCAUUUUGUGGUGGCGUUGACGAUUCAACAGAAAUCGUGCUAAAAGAUUGCAUUGUUCGGAAUCUUCACGUUUAUGUCGGGGAAACACUCUUGCGACCACUCAACAACAAAGAACGGCAAAAAAUUUUGAGCACAAUAAAUCGUCGUUCCUCUCGUGCUUUCAAUGCGCGAUCACUUUUUUUGCGACGUUUUCGAAACGAUCUCCAACAAAAGAGAAUCAAAAGAGAAUCCCAACCAACUGGUGAAAACAUUUCCGAUCUCAUUCAUCGUUACUUGAAAAUCAACUCCUCAAUCACAGCUCGUUUCCUGCCCGUUGUCGGUCAAUCAGCGAUUUUCUCUCCUUUAAACGAAUGGGAUCCAAUCGCUAAAAAACCAAUCUCUGCUCCAAACUCAUCCGAAAUGUUUUCUUUCACAAAAGUCACGAAUUCUCCCACUCCAAUCCCUCCAGAUACAACAAAAGCAACAAAUUUGACGACAAGUGAAUAUUUGAAAACAUUGAUCCCAUCCAGACCAACGAGGAGUCGAUCAAUUGCUGAAACAACAACGUCUCUCGAACCGAUUCGUCGCUUCGGUCAUUUUGCUCGAAAGCCUCCGACGAGAUGGGAUCUAAUGAAUGCAAGCGCUCAAUUAUCACAGUACGCAAAGACGAGAAAGGAGACGAAAAGUGAAGAGACAGUCAAUGAUCCGACGAUUCUAUCGAUCAUCGCAAGCUUUAAAUCU